AUGGAUCACUCUUCGGCCUAUACAAAGGAUUCGAGUCGGCGGCCCCUUCCAUCUUUCUCAUCCACCCUCGAGCCAACAGUGUCGCGUAAACCGGUCGCUAUGCAUAUACCACAAGGUGCCCAACCAGAGCCAUUGAACGUACUUGUAUUUGGUCCAACAGGAGUAGGAAAAUCUACGAUUAUUAACCUCCUAACAAAUUAUUCCGCUCAAUUACCCGUCGGAGAUUCUCUCCAAUCGUGCACAGAACAUAUCGCUGUCGCCUCUGUAUUUCACAAAGGACGGAUCAUAAACUUCUUCGAUACACCAGGCUUUGAUGACUCUGAGAAAAAGCCAGCUGAGCAUCUUGCGUUAAUAGCAGUAUGUCUCUCCGAGCUGUACGAAUCAGCCCAGCACAAACCACAUAUCCACGGGGUCCUCUACGUCCACAGGAUCACAGACAACCGGAUGACGGGAUCGAGCAUAACGAACCUUCGUGUGUUUAGAAAAUUGAUCGGACCACAUGUGUUCAAAAAUUUGGUGUUCGUGACCAACCGGUGGACGAAUCCCCUAGAUCCCAGGCAUAUCAAGUUCGAAGACGAGUUGGUGCACGAUGACAAGUACUUUGGUCGAGCUAUCAAAGCAGGAGCAAGAGGGGGCGUUGAUUAUCGUAUCUUCGAAGGAUCCACUUGCUCCCAGGCCCAGAACACGUUGCUUGAUUUAUUCCUGGGAUAUGACCCUGAGCUCUUACAGAUUCAACGAGAUCUGAUCGACGAGAACAAGGCGAUAGGAGACACCGAGGCAGGCCAAGUGGUUUUCGAGGAUUUGAAUAAGUUCAAGGAGGAUAUCAGGAAGGAGGUGGAAAACCUAAGGCAAGAGCUGUCGGAGCUCAAGGGUGAUGAUGAGUCCAAAGAGGAAAUCGAGAGCGAAGAGAUCGGAUUAAUGAAUCGGCUGGCCGAUGCCGAGAAACAAGAAGGUCUAUUGCGUUCUACGCUUGCACAGAUUCGGAAGCACCCAGGCUUAAUAGCUGGGUUUGCAGCAGGGGCGGUGGGACUGCUAGGCGCUGGGAUGGCUGGGGUGGUGGAAGUAGCGAGCGCGGCAAGUUUAGGGGCCUCAACUGUGGCGUCUGGGGCAGCGACUACAAGUUUUAUUCAAACGCUGAGCGGCGAGGCUGUACUCAACGCCGUGCAUACCAUCGGUUCAGCUGGAAUAGCGACUAUCAUGAAAUUGGCAGGAUUGUAG